CCUAUUAUAAUCGCGCUAUUCCCCCUGCUUUGUUCUUUACUCUGUCUUCGUCUCUCGCACCCCAUUUUUUGCAGCUUCUUGGGGGAAGGAUAGAUAGAUCGGUAGAUUGCAGAAAAUUGAGAACGAGAAACCUCAAAGAUGCUGAGAUUGUUGAAAGAAGUGGUAGUCGGAUCUGGUAGAGGUCUUGGACAGUUGCCCUACAAUAUUGGCCAGCCUCAUUCCUCUGCUAGGGGUCCUCUGGUUCCCUUUGGCGGCACUACCAAGUUUGGUGGAUUAUUUCAAGUUGCUAGCUUCUCUUCAGGACGAUCUAUAUGGAAGGGCAGCUUUGUUGAUGCCUUCCUGAUGAAAAAGAAGAUGAGAAAAGACGUUUCUAACACGAAAAUUUGGUCAAGGAGAUCUACCAUUUGGCCAGAACUUGUUGAUUCCACUGUGCGAAUUUACAAUGGAAAAACUUUUGUCCGUUGUAAAAUUACUGAGGCAAAGGUUGGUCAUAAAUUUGGAGAGUUUGCUGUUACACGGAAACGAAGACCUUCAAGACCGAACAGUGGACCAGUAGGGAAAAAGGGGAAAAAGGGGAAAAAGUAAAAUGUAUGAGCAGAUAGAUGGUGGUGUUUCAUGCACUGAUUUUUGUUCUUGUAAUAACUUGUACUAAUUCUAUUCAUCUUGUUUAGUCUCUUGAAAUGGCAAAUCUGUUUGUUUAGUGUCCCGAUAUGUAGCAUAUGAUUUUGACAGUUUAUCUAGUUCUUGAUAAUUGUAGAACUAUGAACAUAUGGUUCUGAAUUUCAUGCACUGAUCUUUGUUCUUGAAAUAACUUGUACUAAUUCUAUUCA